UUUUGCCCUCCGGUGUAGAACUCCGAAUGCAACUGAAGCUCCUCAAGUUGGAGUCAGGCACAUAUGCUGAGACAUCCGCACUUGUUCCUAUCGAGGAAGAAGAAGGGCAACCAUCUCCAGUAGUUUCUGAAGGUGACCUUCUCUUAGCAGCUGACAACUGGAGAACUUGUUAUGCGCUUGACGUGCUGAUAGAGUCUGGUCUUGAAGAAUCCUACUUUCACAUUUUAAGGACGCCGUGGCACUCCUCAAAUAGCCCAUUAGACCCCAAGUUGUUUGAGAAGCUUGAGAAGAAAUACAAUGAUGAUGAGACAACCGGAUUGAGGUGGGAAAGAAGGUUGCUCUUCGACGAGAUAAAUUCAGCAGUGAUGGAGAUUUUCCAGAAGCGCGUGAACCUGUGCCCCUGGGUGAUGCCAAAAGUGUCGGGGUCGAAUCUGCAAUGGCAGGGCGUUCAAGAUGAUCUUGAGAGAUUGAUCAACCAAGACUACAUCAGCGGUGACGGAGAACUUGAUAGAGAUAUGCUGCGGUCAGAAUGUAGAGCAGAAAUUGAGAUGUUAGGUAAUGAAAUCGAGAGACUGUUGUUAGAUGAGAUGAUAACUGAGGUUAUAUGUAACUAAUGCUUAGCUUUUCAACUGAACUGGAAUAGAAUAGCUGAUAACAUAGGUAGAUGAAAAGCUUGUGGUACAAGAAUUGAGAAUAAAUCUCAAACUUAAUCAAAACUUACAAGUGAUUAAUUAA